AUGCAGACAAUUAUCGAAUCCCUUAAAUAUGCCACCACCGGAGAACUACCCCCAGGUGCCAAAACCACCGGUGCCUUUAUACACGAUCCCAAGGUAUGACGAAUAAAGAAUGGUGGUAAACUACUGUGGGCUAAAUCGUUGCAGAUUUGUGGAGAGAGUGAAGUAUUGGGACAAGUCAAGCUGCAAUUCAGAGAUGCCAAACAUUCUAGAUUGGUCAUUACAAGAUCUAUGCAAGCCAGUAUCAAAAAGGGAGGGGCAAGAUCACAGAAGCAAAUCGAUUGCAACUUGUUGAUGGUAAGAGACGAGGAGAGAACCAACCUUUCAAAACGGGUCGCGGAAAUGUAUGUACAAGUAUUCCAACUCCAUCAUUCCCACAAAAAAGUCCCAAAUCCUACAAUAUCGAUGACCACACUGUGUUGGUACUUGCUAACGAGUGAAUACAAGGGACUCUGUGAUCCCGAGAUACCUUGGCGUCUCGAAAGCGAUCCUGGAGAAUGUGAUAUUCUGCCAUCAAGACGAAUCACUCUGGCCUAUGAGCGAACCUUCUGUAUUGAAGAAAAAGUUUGACGAAAUCUUUGAGGCGCAAAAGUACACGAGUGCGAUUGACAAUCUCAAGCUUCUCCGAAAACAUCAGGUCGAGGAAUUGAAGAAGCUCAAGAUCGAAGAGGAACACUUGAAACAAGAGAAGGAAAGAGGUGCACGGCUAGAGUCAAAAUGUACACAGCUUCACACAGAUUUGGAAAGCCUCAGGGACCAACACGAUGUUUUGGUAUUGCAAAUUGAGGACGCUAGCAAAGUCCAGCAGGAAAAGGACAGAUCUUUCACCAAGGCCCGUGAAACUGUUGGUGAGCUGGUGAGCACACGUGGACAGGCGCAAUAUACCAAGAAAAAUGUGGAUGAGUUGAAGGCUAAUAUGAAGGAACACACGGAAGCUGAUGAGUGGCUCCAACAAACCCUUGCACAAUACGACGAACGAAUGGCAGAGUUGAACCAGGCGAAAGAUAAUUAUGUGAGGCAAUACACCGAGGUGGGUCAAUCGAUCAAGAGAGCUACAAAGCAAAUGUCACAAAAGCAAUCUGAAAAGGGCCAACUUAUCGCCGAGAAAUCUAGUUAUGAGAAUCAAAUUAUAUCACGACAGCAACUCGUCAAAGUCUCAGCUCGUGAUCAUUCAAUGCGAGGAUACGAUGGGGAAAUUGAUGAUGAUCGGGUUAGAGAGUUUGUUAACAAGAUUGAGAAAUUGUCUCGCGAAAAGGACCGUGAGUUGGAGAAGAUCAGAAAACAAAUGGACGAGGAACGUCAGGCAAAGCAAGACGUCCUUACAACUCUCGAAACCAAGCGAUCAUCUCGGAUGGGGGAGAAGACCAACGCUCGACAAACCAUUACGAACAACGAAAAGAAAAUGGCCGCCGGUCAACAAAAGAUGAAUUCCAUCUCAAUGGACGAAGGCUCGUACGCUGCCCUUGGGGUUUCCGAUCGCGAAAUCCAACAACGCUUGGAGUCAUUGAGAUCCAACUACGACGCUGCGGAUUGGGACAAGAAGAUUCGCAAAGAAGAAACUGAACAACGUGAACUCGGGGCAGAACAAACCAGAUUGAGAAGUGAGCUUAUGAAAAGCCACCAACAGGCAGAAGCUCAGGCUCAAUUUCAACUUGUUAAAAAGGAAUUGAAGGAUCGCGAGAGAACUCUGGACACCAUGCAAUCCACAUAUCGAGAUCAGUUAUCCGCAGUGAUUGGACCAAACUGGACUGUUGACUCAUUGGAGGAAAGAUUCGAGGUAGCGGCAAGCAAGCGAGCCAAUAUUGUUUCGGAUGCCAAGAAAAAGCAGGAAGAGUUAAGUAGGGAGCUUAGUAGUGUUGAGUACAAGCUCAAGACUUCUCGUGACAGCCUCAAGCAGAAGACGGAUGAUAUACGUCGAUUCUCAACUGCGGUGAUGAACUCUAUCCCUGACGAGAAUGGCAAUCCUUUAUCAAGUAUCGAAGAGUAUCCAGUAGAGCUUGCAGAACUGGAAAGGCUACGAAAUGAACAGCAAGUAGCACUUGAUAGCGGGGAUCACCUGAAAGAUUUUUUCGAUAAUGGUCUUAAACAUAUUGAGGGUCGCAACUCAUGUAUUUUGUGUCAACGAGAAUUUACUAGCGGCAGUGAAAAGUCAAACGCAAGUCAAGCCAUCAAAGCCCGAAUCCACAAGAUCGAACAGAGUGCCAAACAGGAAUCGCUCGAAGUAAUCGAAGCAGAUCUUGAAAAGGCCAAUGCUGUUCGACAACAAUAUGACGCCUAUAAGACUCUACUGGAAGUUGAUGUUCCCUCACUGAAAACCGAGAUACAAAAGACAGAGUCAGAAAAGAAACUGCUCGUGGAGAGAUUGGAAAAACAAGAUCUUGUAGUUGCGGAUGCUGUUGCCAGUCAACGUGACCUUGAUAGUCUUGUCAAACCUGUUGCCAACAUCACACUCACCAAAAACGAGAUUGCCAAAUAUGAGGCUGAAAGCGCACGACUUGCUUCUCAACAAAGUAUCUCCGGCAGUACUCUCAACGCUGACGAACUUGAUCAGCAGAUGAAUACAUGCGAAGAUAGAAUUCGGGCAGUUAAUGCGAGAAUUAACAAAUUGCGAAGUGACAAGGAGCAGGCAAGCUCGUCGAUCAAUUUGCUAGAGACAGAGAAGGCCGGAAUUUCUCAAAACCUCAGCUCCGCCAAGCACCAGUUGGAAAGAAAGCAAUCACUAUUGGACGAGAUCAAGGAACUUCGAGAUAGUACAGCAAAACUUCGUGCAUUGAUGCAAGAAGCCGAUGCUGAGAUUGAAUCCCUUGGGCCAGAAGUUGCAAAAGCCAAGGCUGCCUUUGAUGAAGUUCAAAAUCGUGGUCGAUCCAAGGAGAAGGAGGUCCAAAAUGACAAAACCAAGGUUGCUGAGACCGUCCAUAAAUUCAAAGUCAUCGAGGAAAGUAUUAACAAGUAUAUUGAACAUGACGGCGCUGGAAAGUUGACGUCUUGUGAGCGUGCGAUCACACGGGUUGAGCAAGAGAAGGAGGGUUUUGAGGCAGAGCAACAGGAACUCACUAAAAAGGCCAAAGCCAUCGAGCAACAGACUGCUGAUAGUGAGAGUACUCGGAAGAGCAUUAAUGAAAAUCUUCGAUAUCGAGCGGGGUUAAAGGAGCUCAGAAAACUUCAGCGCAAAAUUCAAGAGUUGGAGGCACGAAAUGUCGAAGAGGAUUACCAGCAAUUACAAAUAGAAGCUGACGAAGCCACGAAGUAUCAUCAAGAUUUGGUGGCUCGAAGAGGUCCGAUUGCUGGAGAAAUCACAGCUAGAGAUGCCGAGCUCACAGGAUGUCUGGAGGAAUACGAAAAGGAAUACAAGAACGCGCCGGAGCGAUUUCGCGAAGCUCAUCUCAAGGUGGAGCUGACCAAAGCUGCGGUCGAUGAUAUGGCCAAAUAUGGCGAGGCUUUGGACGCUGCCAUCAUGAAGUAUCAUUCCAUGAAGAUGGAGGAAAUCAAUCAGAUUGCUGGCGAGCUUUGGCAACGUACUUACCAAGGCACGGAUGUGGACGGCAUCAUGAUCCGAUCUGAGAAUGAGAAUGCGAAUUCCAAGCGCAAUUACAAUUAUCGUGUUGUCAUGGUCAAGGGGGAUGUCGAGAUGGACAUGCGUGGAAGAUGUAGUGCCGGUCAAAAGGUGCUAGCUAGUAUCAUCAUCCGUCUCGCCUUGGCUGAGUGCUUCGGUGCUAAUUGCGGUGUAUGUUCUCCCUCCUCAUUCCCUCUCCUCCCCCUCGCCUCCUCUCUCCCCUUCCCCUAUCAUUGACACGCUCCCAGGUCAUCGCCCUCGACGAACCAACCACCAACCUCGACACGGAUAACAUCAAAGCCCUCGCCUCGUCCCUCCACGCCAUCAUCCAAUCCCGGCGGCACCAGGCCAAUUUCCAACUCAUCAUCAUCACGCAUGACGAGGCGUUUCUGCGCGACAUGAAUUGUUCGGAUUUCAUUGAGAGUUAUUUUCGGGUUAGUAGGAAUGCGUUGCAGAAGAGUCAGAUUGAGACGUGUGCUUUGAGUAAUUUUAUGUGAGGGUUUGUGCGUGUGGAUGGGUGGAUUAGGGGGGAAGAGGAAAG